AAAGGCAGUUUUAUAGACACAAACUAUAUAUAUAGACAUAAUUAUAUAUUUAUUAGGGUUUUAUGUUUGGUAAAGAUUUCAUGUCUAACAAAAAUAUUUCUCAAUGGAGAGCGAUUUCCCUUUCGUAUCUCUAAUUCUAGCCCUAAUCGUAACCCUGAUUUGUUGCUUAUUUUCUCUCUUUCCUUUUAGAUUCACCAAAAAGAAUAUAGAUAAAAUUAGGGCUUGUAAUUGUGCCUGUGUUAAUUGUAAAGGAAUUGUUGGAAGUAGUUGUUGUGAGUCCAUGGCUGUAACGGCGACUGCGAGGAUGAUGAAUGGUGGUAAUGGACAAGUGGCGGGGGUGGAGAGGGAUAGGGAACGGCAGCAAAUGAUCGGUGCGUCGAUGAUGGAACAGUUGGUUCCAGAGAUCACGACACAUGCUUUGAGUUAUUUGGAUUUCCCUAGUCUUUGUAGGUUGUCUAUGACUAAUUCUUCUAUGAGGAAAGCUGCUAAUGAUGAUAAUGCUUGGAAGGCUCUUUAUCAUAAGGAUUUUACACUGGAACAGGGUAGUGUGAUUCCUGCUAAUGGGUGGAAGGCCUACUAUGCAGCUACCAGAGCAAUUAUGAAUACCAAUCAGCAGUUUUUUGACAUCAUUAGGGAAAGAUCUCUUCCAGAUAUGGGUCGGUUUUGGCUUAAUGCAGAUUAUGUUAAAUGUAUCCAUGCCUCAGGGGAGCUCUUCAGUGGGUAUAGCGGGGUCUUGGGGAGCUGGCAAUUGGCUUUUAACUGGGAGCAACUGAAUUUCCAGGUUCGGGAUGUAAGGUCACGGGUAUUGCCCGGGAUAGCUUGGGUGACAAUGAAAGCCCAUGUUGGAGUGGACCAUGGCACUAUGAACAUGACAAAUGUGUUUGAGUUCCACAAUGAUCAGUGGUUGAUGGUUCACCACCAUAGCUCCCUGAUGCUUGAAAAUGGUGAAGGGGCUGAUCAACCUCCAAUGCUUGGGUGAGAAUUGAGAAGGAAGAUGCUUUUAUUUAUAUUGAGUUUAGAUGACACCUUUAUCAAGAUAAGGCGGAAAAGGAUAUGGUACAGUUUUUUUCUUAACUACUAGGAAUGCAGGACUCCUGAAGAUAUGUUGGUUUAUUUUGGAAUUUGGAUGGAUAUUUAUGAUCGUAUAUGAAUCUAUCUUUUUCUCCUAUUGAUCGA